AUGAUCUACGAUUUUCGGCAAUAUACUUUUAAGCCGGGCGCAGUGCCCGAUUACAUGAAGGCAGUAGAGGAAUUGUCUAUUCCCAUCCGGGCCAAGUACGGCGUAAAGCUGGCCGGUUGGUACUACAGUGAUAUAGGCGAACUGAACCAGGUGGUUCACAUCUGGGGCUACCGGGACUACGAACAUCUCGACGAGGCAAAGGCUCAGGUGGCUCGGGACCCUGACUGGACCGGCAAGUAUCUUCCGGCGGUACGCGGCCUGAUCGUCAAGCAGAAGACCUGGUUGAUGCUCUCACCUGACUUCGCUCCCCAGCCUGCAUAA